GAUAAUUAGGUUCUUUAAAUAGGUGCAAGAAAAACCACUCCACCAAUUUUAGUGUUAGAAAACGUUUGCUAGAAGUUUAGUUUUGAUAGUAAAGGGUUUUAUCGCUAUAUGUUUGAGUAGCUAAAAUAUCAGUUCAGCACUAUUGUGAAAUAUUCAUGUUCUGAACAGAUAAAAGAGAUUAUGAAGUGAUUGGUUCAUACAGACUUUGCAGACAGCAAGAGCUGUAAAUAAAGUAGUCACUGUUUGUCAUCCCAAGUCCUGGUCAGAGGAAAAUUUAAGACAGCCAGUGUUUCUUGUGUGUGUUUUUUUCGUUUUGAGAUAGAGUGUGGGCUAGGAAAUGUUUCAUGACAGGAACUUUAAGUUGUAAAUAAGAAAGUGACAGAAAAGACAGAGCUUAUAAAGAGGGUUUGUGACUAGCUGAAAUGCUGGCAAACCAGCAGUAAAAAGAAAACAAGAUUUCUUCUAGAGUGCUUUCUAAAAUCAUUCUAAUGGAAGGAGAGGCAAUGGGGAAUUCGGCGCCAGUCGCAAAGAGGACUGCCAGCAAAGCCAUUCGGAUAGCCCUUGGCGUACUCAUAAGUGGUAUUAUAGUGCUUGGCAUUGCACUUUUUCUAGUUAGCCAAGGUCUUAUAAACCUUCAUCCUAAGCAACAAUAUUGCUUGACUUCAGAAUGCGUUGAAGUUGCUGCCUCCAUCUUAAGUAAAAUAAACCAGUCUGUGGAUCCCUGUGAGAAUUUUUUUCGGUUUGCCUGUGAUGGCUGGACAUCUAAUAAUCCCAUUCCUGAAGACUCGUCAAACUAUGGAGUUUAUCCUUGGCUGAGGCACAAUGUGGACCUCAAGUUGAAAGCACUGCUACAGAAACCUAUCAGCAAGAGACGGGACAGUGAAGCUGUACAGAAAGCCAAAAUCCUUUACUCAUCGUGUAUGAAUGAGAAUAAAAUUGAAAAAGUGGAUGCAAAGCCACUAUUAAAUAUACUGAAGAAUUCGCUGUUCCGUUGGCCUGUGCUGGAAUCUAACAUCGGACCUGAAGGACAAUGGUCAGAAAGGAAGUUCAGCAUGCUCCAGACCCUUGCAACUUUUCGUGGCCAGUAUAGUAACUCGGUCUUCAUCCGUUUGUACGUGGCUCCUGAUGACAAAACCUCCAAUAAUCACAUCUUAAAGCUGGACCAAGCAACCCUGUCUCUAACAGCACGGGAAGAUUACCUUGAUAAUACCACAGAAGCUAAAUCUUACAGAGAAGCCUUUUUGCGGUUCAUGAUUGAUACUGCAGUGCUUUUGGGUGCUAAUGCCUCGCGGGCAGAGUCUGAUAUGAAGUUAGUUCUGAAACUGGAAAUUAAAAUAGCUGAGAUAAUGAUUCCACAGGAGAAUCGAACCAGUGAGACUAUGUACAAUAAAAUGAACUUAUCUGAACUUAGCACCAUGAUCCCUCAGUUUGACUGGCUGGGAUACAUCAAGAAGGUGAUUGACACUAAACUCUACCCUCACCUUAACGAUAUAGGUCCUUCAGAAAACGUGAUUGUCCGUGCACCCCAAUACUUCAAAGAUUUGUUCAGGAUACUAGAAAAAGAAAGGAAAAAAACUAUUGCCAACUAUCUGGUAUGGAGGAUGGUUUAUUCAAGAAUAUUUAACCUCAGCCGACGUUUUCAGUAUAGGUGGCUGGAAUUUUCUCGGGUAAUCCAGGGAACUACAUCUUUACUGCCUCAGUGGGAUAAAUGUGUAAACUUUAUAGAAGGAGCACUCCCUUAUGUCCUUGGCAGGAUGUUUGUGGAUGUCCACUUUCAAGAAGACAAGAGAGAAAUGAUGGCGGAGUUGACUGAAGGGAUUCGCUGGGCCUUUAUCGACAUUUUGGAAAAGGAAAAUGACUGGAUGGAUGCAAGAACAAAAAGGAAAGCUAAUGAAAAGGCAAAAGCGGUUUUGGCAAAAGUGGGUUACCCUGAGUUUAUAAUGAAUGACACGUAUAUUAAUGAAGACAUCAAAACAAUGAAGUUUUCAGAAAAUGACUAUUUUGGCAACGUACUGCAGACCCGCAAAUACCUGGCCCAGUCUGACUUCUACUGGCUUAGAAAAGAAGUUCCAAAAACAGAGUGGUUUACUAGUCCAACCACUGUCAAUGCUUUCUAUAGUGCAUCGACCAACCAGAUCAGAUUCCCAGCAGGAGAACUCCAAAAGCCUUUCUUUUGGGGGACAGAAUAUCCUAGGUCUUUAAGUUAUGGUGCCAUUGGAGUAAUUGUUGGGCAUGAGUUUACCCAUGGAUUUGAUAAUAACGGUCGUAAGUAUGACAAGAAUGGAAAUUUAGAUCCCUGGUGGUCCACUGACUCUGAAGAAAAAUUCAAGGAGAAGACAAAAUGCAUGAUUAACCAGUACAAUAACUAUUACUGGAAGAGAGCUGGCUUAAAUGUAAAAGGGAAGAGGACUUUGGCAGAAAACAUUGCAGACAAUGGAGGUUUGCGAGAGGCUUUCAGGGCCUAUAGGAAAUGGAUUGAAGAAAAGAGACAAGGAGCAGAGGAGGCUUUGUUACCAGGCAUUGAAUUCACCCACAAUCAGCUCUUCUUUCUCAGUUACGCUCAUGUGAGAUGCAACUCCUUCAGACCAGAGUCUGCAAGAGAGCAAAUCCAUACUGGAGUUCACAGCCCUCCUCAAUUCAGAGUUAUUGGUGCAAUGAGCAACUUCGAGGAGUUCCGUAAAGCUUUCAAUUGCCCAGUAAAUUCAACCAUGAAUAGAGGUUCAGAAUCCUGUCGGUUAUGGUAGAUGGUCUUUUCAAAUCCAGUGCCAAGAGGUUUUAUAUAUAUAUAUAUAUAUAUAAACUGCUGUUUCUGAACUUUAACCCACUGCUACAGCUUCAGAGCAACAUUAAGCAAUAUAGAGAGGUUUUAUUUUUUUAAUGCAUCUUCAUCAUCUGGGUGGGUGACCUGCACAGAUCUAAUCAUUGUCUGUUUAUGGUUUGGAAGCCUUAAACAUUGGACAAGAGAAAGGAGAGGAUUCAGGAAAAAAAUUGACACUCCAUGAUUGGAUUGCUGUUGAUGGAUUGCUGCCGUUACUCAUUCCACUUCCUGAUUUAUAGUUUAGCAAGAGGAAAAUGGUAGAAUCCAAUUGUAAUCUAUUGCUUUGCAGGAGGGCUGAGCAAAAUGUUCCCAUACAAAAUUCAGUCCUUCCAGAUUUGUUUAGUUCACGAGAACUGCUACGUAGCCAGCGCUGAUCUCCUGUGCAAUACAGCAUUUUGAUAACAUACGGUGUUAUUGCAUAGCAUGCCAUAAAUGAUUUUGCAUGAUGUUAAGACACUAGAUUUUAUAUCAAUUCAAUUUAAGAAGUCAGAUCAAUGCCUGAGGUUGGAAUAGCUCCUCAUUGUUUCCACCUGCACUGACUAAACACAAAGAUUACUUGUCAAAUCCUGGGCAUUCUUCAUGAGUGCCUUAAUAGCAGCAUAUGGCAAAAAUCUACAAGUGGAAAUGGGGCUAGAGCAGGGAAUCCCUGUCACUGGGAAACACCAGAAUAAUUGCAUUAUUAUGUGUAGUCUUGAUUCCUGUUCCUAACAGGCAUACAUUUACACACACGGGGUGUCUUUCACCCUUGUAUACAGGGCCUGAACAAGGAAGCGGCACAAUUCACACCUCAUGAAAGCUCCACACGCUACCUAAGUCCCACUUGAGCGCUAUGAGCUAGGGUUUAAUGAGAUGUAAGUUGUACUCCGUGCCAGCGCUAGGCAUUAGCGGACUAACCAAUUGAUCAGGGCCUCGAGCAGCUCAAGAGGGCCCCUUAUUCACUUUAGUAGUAUGCGGUGUGUGUGUUGGGGGGCGGGGGUAGGGAAUAUUCCUGCUUAGGGUCCCCAACCAGAGGGAGGGAUAACUUAGUGGUUUGAGCAUUGGCCUGCUAAACCCAGGGUUUUGAGUUCAAUCCUUGAGGGGGCCAUUCUGUGUGACAGUUGUUUUGGGGGAGGGAUAGCUCAGUGGUUUGAGCACUGGCCUGCUAAACCCAGGGUUGUGAAUUCAAUCCUUGAGGGGGACAUUUAGGGAUCUGAGACAAAAAUUGGGGAUUGGUCCUGCUUUGAGCAGGGGCUUGGACUAGAUGACCUCCUGAGGUCCCUUCUGACAGUGAUAUUCUGUGAAUGGGCUAUCACCACUUCUGCGUGUACUGGCCCUGUACACAGAGGUGAAAUCCACCUGUAUCCAUUAGGAAAGGGGGAGAAGUGACUCAAGAACUUAGCAUCUACAAUGUUUGGCCUGUUUGCCUCACAAGAGAUAUUCAGAUGCAGACAACUUUCCAGAUGUGGUAUGUAAUCAGGCAAUUAAGUCCUUCAUCUGAUUUCCAUUGAUAAUGUUAAUAAAAGCAUGUUUUCUAUUGUGGUAAGCUUUAUUAUGUAGUAGUUAGGAAAGAAAAGCAAACAAAAAUAAUCUCUUGCCCAAGGAAAUAUAUAGAAGUGGGUUUUAGGUAUACUGUACAGCGCUUAACUGAUUUUUACACAGAAGAAUAAUUUCACACUGACAGAAGUUUUACUGUAGUAGUUUUAAAAAAAUCUUCCCCUUUAAAUGGUUUGGCUUUUAAAAGAAUAUUAUCAGUUUAAAAACAGGGGGUAGAGGUUACUGAGUAAGGCUGAUUUAAAUUUUUCCAGCAAAAACGGCUUUAGUCAAAAAUCCAAUUUUUUAUUGAAUACAAUUUUUCAUUACAGUUGUCUUGUUUUCUUGUGCCUCUUAUGAAAGGAGGUGAUACACCGGGGAAAUGUAGUCUGCCCAUGAAGCCCAGUCUGUGGAGGAAAAUGGGGGCAUGAGGGAUCAGAACUAUAUCUCCCAUGCGGCACUGCAACAGUAUUUCUGAAUCAAAAUAAUUUUUGGGGACAAAAUAUUUCACUAAAAAGUCAAUUUUCUUCAGGAAGAAAAAAACAGUUGCCAACUACCUCUGAGUUCCAUGCCACUGAAGUGCACAGUAGUAAUUUUUUUUCCUGAAGUUAUUUGCCAAAGAUGUCAUUAAGAUGGCCAGUAUUUCUUAUAGGGCCUUUAAUUGCAGAACUCCUUGUUUGAGUAAGUCCUAUUGAAUUACAUGGAACUUCAUGCAUGAUAGAGUUGCUGUUAAGUUACUGGUUUUAGUAAAUUGACUAUCGAACACAUUCAUGCUCAGGACACGAAUAUUGACAUUAUUCAGGUUCACUUUGAAUAAGCAGCUUAAAGUUCAGGGGUGAAAUCUUGGCCCCAUUGAAGUCAGUAGGAGUUUUGACACUUACAUAAAUGGGGCCAGGAUUUCACCCCAGAGGCUUAUCUCUCGAGUAUGCAAAACCAGUUUUGCAACAGUCGGUUUUCUUUGCUGCUGGGGAGUCUGGUAAAUUUCUUUUGUUUGCCUAAUGCUCUCAGGAAAGCAGAACAAAAUAAUUAAACGCAUUCGUAGACAUAUGUUAACCAAAGAUAAUUCAAAUCAUAAUAAUGCCUCAUGAAGUCUCUUCUCACUACCACUAUCUCAGUAGUCCCUUUUAUAGCUCUGAUCUGCUUUCCUAUUGUGCCUGUGUAUCACCGGUGUCUUGCUAUAACAAGUGUAAUAUUGUCAGUCCACCAACUGUGUCUAUCCUGCCAAAUGACUUUACCAAACAUAUUUCGCUCCUGCAGCUUCUAAAUUGCACUUUUGGGUAAGUUUUUGGAGAAUAUUGAAAAAUCGGUGCAUUUCUCUCACCAACAGAUGUUACUAUACUUUCCAGUGCUGGAAAGGAUGGAAGAGGUCCUAUUAGUGUUCUUUUUACUUUAAAUGAAUAUCAUUCUUAAUAUGUUUGUUCGUCCAAUGUUCAAACGUUAGGCUCCAGGUCAGGAUAAGUGGAAGAAAUUGCCAUGUAUAAUGCACAUGCAGAAUGUUUUGUAAUGUGUGAAUUUGAAGAGAUUUUCUUUUGUUCCAUGAAAAACAAAAACAAACGUUUUUUUGCAAGUGCACAUUUGGGCUGUGAUCUUUGAAAAGAAUUAGUCCCUGAUCUUGCAAAGACUUGUGCACACCUUAAAUUUUACAUACACUGAGAAGUUCUAUUGAUCUCUCUGGGAUUACUCAGUGUGCAAAGUGAUGCAUGUGCAUUAGCCUUUGCAGGAGCAGGGUGUUAUGUGCACGAGUAGCAUCACACAUGAGUAGUCCCAGUGAAGACACAAUUGUACUAAUCACCCAUGUAAAGUUACUCAGGUGUAUAAAUGAUUGCACUUGGAGCUGGAGUAGAGAAUGGUUGGUUAGUUUAAACCCAACACAUAUAAAAAAUCCAUCUUUCACCUUGCGUGGGUGAACUUUUACAUUCUAAAAUUAGGAAUAAAAUGUAUUUGCUAAAUAUCUGAUUUAUAAAAUAUUUAGAAAGUUAUGUAUAAUUUUUCAUGAAGUAUUGUUCAACUGGUCACGCAUAUCAAAGGUAUAUUAUAUAUUAAAUUACUGUGAAAUAUAUAAUUAUCUCAAAAGAAAUAUUGAAAUCCGAUGACUCAAGAGGCAGAGCCUCUGACUUAAAAAGCCUUUUCUGAUUAUGUUUUUUCAUUUUGCUGGUCAGUCUAUUGUAUUCCCUGUUUUAAGUGCAAUCAAUGAAUA